GUCGAAGGUUUUUAAACUUUAUCUCUUGUGGUUAGCUAAUCAAUGAGCAAUCGAGUUUAGAAACUGGUAACUUUUCGAAGUUCAUAACAAAUGCUGGGUUUUAAUGGUAACAUUUAAAAUAGCCUCAAAGGAAGCUCUUUUUAUAUAUAUCUUUGGAUAUUUUAGGGCUUAUACGGAUACGCAUUUAGUUUUUAGUGUGCUUCUGAUUUUCCGACGUUUGAACAAUGUCUGACGUAGCGGUAGUCUACGAGUCACAAUCCGUAGAGGAGGAGUCCAGUUGCCCUUCCACUGCCACGCCGAGUAAAGUCAAGGAUAAUGAGAGUAAUGCCGUAAGUAACGCGUCCACUGAGGUAACAGCGGGCGAGGCGUCCGAGGAAGAUUACUAUAAGCCCAUCAAAAGGUUGUGUAUGAUUGAACUGAGGCCGGCUCCCAACCCUAACAAACCGUUGAAUUCGUUUUUUAUCAAAGAUAUUUUGAACCACAAAUCAAGUGUCCGGCGAUCCUCCAGCUUUUCCGAGAGGACGAUUGUACGUCCUUGGGACUUGCACACUUCAGACGCCGCCAGACGUCGGCCAAGAUCGGCAGAUGAAGAUUCUCGGUCUGAGAAGUCGGAAAGCGACACUCCAGAAAGUCCAGCCGCUACGUGCCUCCCAGCUUCACCCCUCGAUGCUCUCUUUGAAAUGACAAGCAAGGCGUUUGAAGGAUUAGAAGCUGGUAUAAAGUUAGAUGAAAGCCAAGACCACCUCAAUCUAUUCAGCAACCGACAACAACCCAAAAAGAAGAGAAAAUCCCGGACAGCUUUCACUAACCAACAAAUCUUUGAGCUAGAGAAAAGGUUUUUAUAUCAGAAAUAUCUAUCUCCUGCUGACAGAGACGAGAUUGCGCAGUCGCUGCGCUUAACGAACGCCCAAGUAAUCACGUGGUUUCAAAACAGGCGCGCCAAGUUGAAGCGGGACAUGGAAGAACUAAAGAAGGAUGUUGAGUCUGCUAAAGUUCAAAAAGUUAUUCUAAAUGACAUUCAGGAUUUCAGUCUUUUGAAGAAAUCUGAGUUGCAUGAAAACCAAGCCUAAAAGAGACCAGAUUUUGAAUAAGUACUGUGGUGAUAUUCGUGUAAAUAUAUAAAUAUAUAUGCAAAUAUAUUUACACACGUGUGGUGUAAUAGUCUUUGUACAUUAGUUGAUGUGGCAUUUUUAUUUAAUUAGCAACUUAAACAAAACAAAUAUACACAAUACCAUCUUAAGUAGUUCCUGAAAACGUGCUGUAGAACAUUAUUUUCUUAAGUUUUUGUACAUAACAGCCUUAACUUCGAUCGCAACUGAUUUGUUUUGUCUGGAGUACAUAACAAGGUUAUGCUCGUAUCCUUGUUUAUGACCGUGUAUCAAAAAGUUAAAUGUACUAAGUAGAAAUCGAGGAACUAAAGUUUGGAUCCUGUCUUGGUAUCGUUCCGAUAACGAACUGUUGUUGUACUUAUGUACUAAAACCUGUUGCCAUAUCGAUUAUAAAGUCAUGAAAUGCAGAGGAGAAUAGUAGAAGUGUAAAUAUUUUUUUUUCUAAGAAAAGAAUACUAAUUUAAAUAUUGGAAUA